AUGCGAGUUGAAGACAUAGUCCCCAUCAAUGAUUCUAUGCCUGAAGAACAGCUUAUGGCAAUCAUGAUCUUGAAAGAGAGUUUUGAUGAGAAAGUCAGGCUGGAAGAAGUUAAGGCUCUGCGUGAUGAGAAUUUGCCUGGCACUACUAUUGGGAUGAGCCUUACUUGUACAAGCAUUUACAGGAGAUGCAUAGCUGAAGAAGAUGUACAAGGAGUUCUUGAGCAAUGCCAUGGGUCUGCUUAUGGAGGGCACUUUGCCACAUUCAAAACCGCAACUAAGGUUUUGCAAUCUGGUUUAUGGUGGCCUACUUUGUUCAAGGAUGCAGCAAGUUACAUCGCCAAGUGUGAUCCAUGCCAAAGGAAAGGAGGGAUCACCAAGAGGGAUGAAAUGCCACUAAACCCAAUUCUAGAAGUUGAGAUCUUUGAUGUAUGGGGAAUAGACUUCAUGGGACCUUUCAAACCUCCUCAAACGGGCACAACUACAUUUUGGUUGCUGUGGACUAUGUGUCCAAAUGGAUUGAAGCCAUCCCCUGCCCAGCCUGUGAUGCUAAGGUUGUUAUCAAACUGUUCAGAACCAUCAUCUUUCCAAGAUAUGGCAUCCCAAGGGUUGUUAUUUCGGAUGGAGGUUCCCACUUUCAUCAACAAGGUGUUUGAGAAGUUGAUGAAGAGUAUGGAGUCAAGCACAAGGUUGCCACGCCCUAUCACCCUCAAACCAGUGGGCAAGUUGAAGUCUCCAACAGACAGAUUAAGGCUAUAUUGGAGAAGACUGUCUCCUUUCAAUUUGCUAUAUGGGAAGGAUUGCCACUUGCCUGUGGAGGUCGAAUACAAGGCUUUAUGGGCAGUAAAGAUGCUGAACUUUGACAUAAAGGCAGCACAAGAAAGGAGGGAAGGAAAGUGGCAACCAACUCGAGGCACAACUCGAUCGAGCCAAGAGCAAGCUCGAUCGAGCGACGUGAACCCGGCCGAGUGGAGCGUCCCUGGCGGCCGCCUGCCCUCUCCUGGCGUCCCUGGAAUUGUUGACUGUGUGUAUGCGAACUCGAUCGAGUCGGUCUACAGAAGACUUGGUCGAGCUAGACUUACAACGGGUAGAAAGAGGGUUCAGAGGUCACAGAGGGUACAAGAGGAACCUGAGGUGCUUGUUGCUGAUACAAUGGACGUACCAGAGGGGAAUGGAAACCCUUUGGGCAAUGGACUCGGUCGAGCUAGGCAAACUCGACCGAUUGGUCUAGGAGAUGCUCCAAACCGCCACCAACAGAGACAAGGGAUUGUUCCACCACCAGUGCAGAACCACAACUUUGAGAUCAAGCUGGGAAUGAUCAACCUUGUUCAGAACAAGAUGUUCCAUGGAUUGCCAAGUGAAGACCCCAUUGACCACCUUGAUGAGUUUGAUAGGCUUUGCGAUUUGACAAAGAUCAAUGGUGUCUCUGAAGAUGCCAUCAAGCUGAGACUCUUUCCUAUGUCUCUAGCUGACAAAGCUCACCAAUGGGAGAAGAGCUUGCCCCAUGGCACAAUCACCACUUGGGAUGAAUGCAAGAAGGCCUUUCUUGCUAAGUUUUUCUCCACCGGUCGCACAGCCAAGCUUAGGAGCGAGAUAUCGAGCUUCAUCCAGCGAAACAAUGAGACAUUCGCUGAGGCUUGGGAGAGGUAUAGGGAGAUGCUAGACACAGCUAGCAAUGGGAACUUCCUCAACCAAGAUGUAGAGAACAUUGCAAACUCCAAUGGAAGCUAUGGAGAAGAGUAUGAUCGCACCAAUCGGAGCUCGACCCACCACUCGAUCGAGUCAGACGAGAAAUUGAGAAAAGAUGUUAAGGCAUUGAAUGAGAAAGAUGGAACAGUCCAAGAAGGGGAGGAUACACAAUUUGCUGAGGUGUGUUACAUGAGCAAUGGGCAAGGAGGUUACAACAAAGGAUACUAUAAUUACAAGUCCAACCCUGCCAUGUCAUACCGAAACACUGAUGUUGCUAACCCUCAGGACCAGGUCUAUCCUCAACAACAAGCAGCUCGAUCGAGUCAAGCCCCACAACAUGGGUAUGGUCAAAAGAACAAUUACCAAGGACCCCAAGGGACUUUCCCUGGACAACAAAUGAAUACCACCUGGCUUUCCCCACCAACCACCCCAGCCUGCACCUACGCAAGAGAAUGA